AUGGCCAGGAAAGUGUCUGAAACCUCGAGGGUUGUUUUGGGGUCCAUGUGUGCUCUCAUGUUAUUAAGCCGUUCGUGUCAUGCUACUGACCUGAACCUUUUUAAGCAUCCCAAGACCACCGUCCAGAUCACCAACGGUUUGCCCGGCGGGGUGGAUCUGACCGUCCACUGCAAAUCCAAGAACGACGACCUCGGCGUCCAGGUGAUCCACCCAAAUUCGUUCUGGUCCUUCGAGUUCCGGCCCAACGCCAUCAUCCUCAACACCUUGUACUUCUGUAGCUUCGCGUGGCCGGGCCAAUUCCGCUACUUCGAUAUCUACGUUGAAAGCCGAGAUCUUGAUAAGUGCGGCAAGCUUUGCAUGUGGAAUAUCGUACCAGAUGGUCCCUGCGCAUAUAACUACGACCGUUCGAAAUACGACGAUUGCUAUCCCUGGAACCCUAGCAAUCCGGCAUCUCGAAAACGCCUGUUACCUGGAACCUUGGCGUAA